CUCUCACUGCAACACAUUACAAGACAAAACUAUAUAGUUAUCUUCUCUCUUCUCUCUCUUUGCUUUCUCAUAAAUUAAACACAGAAAAAGAUGUGUGGCGGUGCCAUUAUUUCCGAUCUCAUUGAUUUGAAGCGUGGCCGGAAAUUGACCGCGGAAGACUUGUGGUCGGAGCUUGACACCAUUUCUGACCUCUUGGGCUUGGACUACAAUAAGCAGUUUGAUGCUCAAAAACCUGGCCAACCUCAGAAAGUGAGGAAUGAAAAAGGUGAAAAGAAGAAGCAGACGGAUGGUAAAGCCAAGACUCAACGAACUCGGAAGAACGUGUACAGAGGAAUAAGGCAGAGGCCGUGGGGGAAGUGGGCGGCUGAAAUUAGAGACCCUCGCAAAGGUGUCCGAGUCUGGCUCGGUACCUACAACACAGCCGAAGAAGCCGCUAGAGCCUACGAUGAAGCCGCCAAGCGCAUACGUGGCGACAAGGCCAAGCUCAACUUUGCUCAACCACCACCUCAAGCUGAACCUUCGUCUAAGAAACGCUGUAUAUCACCACCUGAGUUGACUCAGACGAGUUUACCAGCAGCGUGCGUGGAUUUCGGGUUUGAAAACGAGUUUUAUCAACCCAGUGAAGUGGGGAGUAACGAGCUGGCGCUGGAAGAGCAAAUCUCGAGCUUGGAAUCGUUCCUGGGCCUGGAGCCAACAAGUCGGCAGCUGAGCGGAAACAGUGAGUGUGACUCGAAUGACUUCUGGAUGCUGGAUGACGCGGUGGCGCCUGUGCCUGUUCAUCAGCAGAAUCUUGAUGAGGAUCAGCUCCUAAUGUACUAGGGAAACCAAAAAAAACAUAAUAAUAGCAAUAACCAAAGUAUAGUGUGGUUCUUUUUCUUUCGUUUGUGUUAUGCUUUGAUGUUGGGUUUAUGUGGUUGAAAUUAAAAGACUCUAGUGAUUCUCUGUGCAUUGUAAAGACGAGAUAAUAAGCAGAGAAAUAGCUAGCAGUUGCUUCUUGUUCCAUGCAGAAAGAGAAGCAUCUUUUCUUUCUGUGUCUUAUAUUGUAUGCAUGGCUGUUUUCGAAACUGUCGGUGCCUGUACAAGAUCUUCCUGCUUAUGUUAUUACAUGCAUAACAUUGUUAUCGUUGUUUCUGAAAUUAAUUUGAGACCUUUCGUAGGAA